AUGAGAACCGUUGUGCUCCUUCUCGCACUAUGUGCAAUCUCAAUUCUCGCCUCUUCAGUAUUUGGAAAAGUGAAGAAGUAUUCCAAUCGUAACCGAUACAAUCUCAAGGGAUGCUACAAACAAACUGGAAAUGUCUACGAGCAUAAACGUUACGAUAGAAUCUAUGAGACAGAGGACUUCGAUUCGGAGGAUCUUCCAAAGGUCUGGGAUUGGAGAGACGCUAAUGGAAUCAACUACGCUUCUGCUGACAGAAACCAACACAUUCCACAAUAUUGCGGAUCAUGCUGGGCGUUUGGAGCCACGAGUGCAUUGGCUGAUCGUAUCAACAUCAAGAGAAAGAAUGCAUGGCCACAAGCCUAUCUUUCUGUUCAAGAAGUGAUUGACUGUUCUGGAGCAGGCACAUGUGUUAUGGGAGGAGAGCCAGGAGGAGUGUACAAAUAUGCUCAUGAACAUGGAAUUCCACACGAAACUUGCAACAACUACCAAGCCAGAGACGGAAAGUGCGAUCCAUAUAAUCGUUGCGGAUCUUGCUGGCCAGGAGAGUGCUUCUCUAUCAAAAACUACACUCUCUACAAAGUUUCUGAAUACGGAACAGUUCGUGGAUACGAGAAAAUGAAGGCUGAAAUCUACCAUAAGGGACCAAUCGCCUGUGGAAUUGCCGCUACAAAAGCAUUCGAAACAUAUGCUGGAGGAAUCUAUAAGGAGGUCACUGAUGAAGAUAUCGAUCAUAUCAUAUCGGUUCACGGAUGGGGAGUUGAUCAUGAGACUGGAGUUGAAUAUUGGAUUGGAAGAAACUCUUGGGGAGAGCCAUGGGGAGAGCGUGGAUGGUUCAAGAUCGUCACUUCUCAGUAUAAGAAUUCUGGAAGCAAGUACAAUUUGAAGAUUGAGGAAGACUGUGUUUGGGCUGAUCCUAUCGUUUAA